AUGGACACCUCCGCAUUUGAUGUCGACUCCAACAAGGUCUUGUUUGGCUCNAAAAGCGUCACCAAACUCCCUGACGAGAUCAAAAGACUGGACAGCUCAUCACCACUCAUACUUACUUCAAAAGGAAAGAAUGGAAUAGUUCACGGAGAAAUGCUGUCCAAGAUUCUGACCGAUGCCUCGAUGAGUCCUGCCGCAAUUCUCAAUGUGGCAGUGAUGCAUACUCCGAAAACUGUCACAGAAGAAGCACUUAAACACCUCAAAGCUCGGGGAUUCGAUUGCAUCGUAUCCAUCGGUGGUGGCUCUGUCGUCGGCUUGGGCAAGGCCUUGUCUAUCCGUACUGGACUCAAGCAUAUAUGCAUACCCACAACAUAUUCUGGCAGCGAAUUGACACCCAUCCUUGGCGAAACAGAGAACGGUCGAAAGGUCACUCGCACCGAUCCAAAGAUCCAACCGGACUUUGUGAUAUACGAUGUUGAUCUCACAAUGUCGUUGCCAGUUGCUACUUGCUCUUACUCAGGCGUCAACGCAAUAGCUCAUGCAGUGGAGUCUUUGUACGCCGUGAAUACCACUCCGACCAUUUCUAAGCUUGCUCUGGAGGGUAUCAAGGAACUAGCAGAGGCACUUCCAGCAAUCGUCCAGCAUCCCGAUGAUCGAGCUGCUCGCGAAAAGGCUCAGCAUGGUGCAUGGCUUUGCGGUGUGUGUCUAGGAAGCUCUGCUAUGGCAUUGCACCACAAGCUUUGUCAUACCCUCGGUGGUUCGUUCAACCUGCCUCAUGCCGAAACACAUACUAUCAUUCUGCCACACGCUGUGGCUUAUAACGCUCCUGCCAUCCCUGAGACAAUGGAGAAACUAGCAUCGAUUCUGCCUGAUAGUAAGGCUGAUGCGAUACAAGGAUUGAAUAGUCUGGUCGAGAAGCUAAAGGUAUCUCGUGCGUUAAAAGAAUUUGGCAUGCAAGCAGAGGAUAUAGACAAGGCUACGGAUAUUGCAAUGAGCAUGCAGUAUGCAAACCCAAGAGCGAUGGAGAGAGAUGGAAUCCGAGAAUUGAUUCGCAGGGCAUGGGCUGGCGAGCCGGCAAGAAUUUGA